AGGUGGCCCCUUCACGGCGACUAAUGGAGGUUGCGAGGCUUCAUGAUCUAUACGUACAUGCAAAACUAGGUGCGGAGCAGCCGCUGCCACUAUCUCCACCUCCACCAUACCUCCUCCAUCCACCUUCCAUCUUGCCACUCCGCCGUCCGCGCCACACGAAUGAUAGCAGUGGCGGCGAAGAGCUCGAGGUUCCUCUCUGCCCUCCGUCCACACCCUCACAAGAACGCAGACCGGGGGCAACACACAGAUAUUUUCUCGGCACGCGGUGCCAUGGCUGCACUCUCCGUUCAAGCGUCGUGGCCUUUCCCUCGGGAGUGCCACCACAAGGAACAUGCAGUGUUGUUGCUGCCAUCGCUUGGAUUGAUCUGUUGUAUCAGUGAUAUGUGCGUCUGUGGUACAGUCCUAUAGAUGAACUAUGCCGCCUUUUCUUCUAAAGAAAGUGGUCACGGGCAACAAAGCUUGGAGAUGGAAAAAUGGGACGUUCAGGACAAUUCUGUUAAUAACAAUUAAUCGGUGAGAAUUCAUCCACAAGUCAGAGGACGAGUUAUGCCCAGUCUAUAAGUCGUUGUUGUAUCA